AUGACGGACAACUACAUCGUCAAGACCGUUGCAGGUACCUGCGUCGGCUUCUCUUUCAUCCUCGUCGGAAAUGCGAUCACCCAAUCGUUCAUGACUGUGCCGGCCCUCUUGGUCGACUUCCCUAAGCCAGGCACACCAGACCACACCUCGCGCGCACGUCUCCUCGGCCGCCAGUGGCCUCUGUGCUGGACGGUCGGCAACCAGUUCUUCCGUCCGAUCUCUACCCUCGGCUUCCUUGGGUACGCCUACGCAGGCUACGCAGUCUGGAGGGAGUACAAGGAGCAUGUCGUGGCGAAGGGUGACUGGAGGUUGUUCGCUGUAGCCGCCAUUAUGCAUCUGACAACCAUUGUGCACUCCGCGGUAAAUAUGCAACCAUUGAAUGACAAAUUGGAGGCUCUUGCUGGCAGGACUAGUGAGAAGGACUUGGGCGAGGCUGAGGGUAUUGCCCGGAAGUGGGGUAGCUGGAACAGGCUCAGGAUUAUUACACCUCUUAUUGCUGGCACUUUGGCACUGGUCCAGCUUGCUCAGUAA